CAGUGAAGGCAUUCUAAGGGAUGGAGGGCAGGGCUUAGGGAGGGGAGGCGGUCAGAGUCCUUGAGCCUGGCCCUGGGUGUGAUUGGAGGAAAGGGCUUGAUCCUCCUGAGGGCCUCAGGGCCUGGAUAGGGUGGUGCUCUUGGGACUAGGAAGAGCCUUCCUGAGUGGGCUGGUGGGAAGCGGUAAGUCUUUGAACUGCAGUCUCUCUGCCUUCCAGAAGCCUGCUCUGUGCUUGCAGAUCCCAGGCUCUUACUGAAUGGAUUCCAGGGUUGAUUCUGACACUCAUAAAGGGAGACUGUGACAUUCCAGGAUGUGGCUGUGGACUUCACCCAGGAGGAGUGGGGCCUCUUGGAUACCCCUCAGAAGGAGCUGUACAAGGAGGUCAUGCUGGAGAAUGCCUGGAACCUGCUCUCCCUGGGGCUUCCUGUUCCCAGAGAAGAUGUGAUCUCUUAUUUUGAGCAAAGGGAAGGACCAUGGAUGCUGGAGCAAGCAGGCCUGAGGCGCUGCUGUGCAGGCAACAUAAGACUUGAAAUAAAAGAGGCCCCUGCACAGAUAAGCCUUUCUGUGGAAGAAACUCACCAGCAAAGAUGGAUGAAUAAUGGUCCCUCUGACUUGUCUAGGAGAGAAAUCUGUGCUGUACAUCAGAGGAUCCACACUGGGAAGAAACCGUUUGAAUGUAAUCAGUGUGCAAAGACUUUCACAUUAAGGUCCAGUCUUGUUAGACAUCAGAGAACUCACACUGGAGAGAAACCUUACGUAUGUAAUCAGUGUGGAAAGACAUUCAGAAGGAGACACGGGUUCACUGAACAUCAGAGUAUCCACACUGGGGAGAAACCUCAUGAAUGUAAUCAGUGUGCAAAGACUUUCAGACAGAGGUCCUAUCUUGUUAAACAUCAGAGAAUCCACACUAAAGAGAAAUACUUUGAAUGUAAUCAAUGUGAAAAGACUUUCAGACGGAGGUCCCAUCUUGUUAACCAUCAGACAAUCCAUACUGGAGAGAAACCUUUUGAAUGUAAUCAAUGUGGAAAGACUUUCACAUACAAAUUCAUUCUUAUUAGACAUCAGAGAAUCCACACUGGGGAGAAACCUCAUGAAUGUAAUCAGUGUGCAAAGACUUUUACAUUGAGGUCUGAUCUUGUUAAACAUCAGAGAAUCCACAAAGAGAAAUCCUUUGAAUGUAAUCAAUGUGGAAAGACUUUCAGAUGGAGGUCCCAUCUUAUUAACCAUCAGAAAAUCCACACUGGGAAGAAACCAUUUCAAUGUAAUCAGUGUGCAAAGACUUUUACAUUGAGGUCCAGUCUUGUUAGGCAUCAGAGAACGCACUCUGAAUUGAAACCUUAUGAAUGUAAUCAGUGUGGAAAGACAUUCAGAAGGAGACAUGGGUUCAAUGAACAUCAGAGUAUCCACACUGGGGAGAAACUUCAUGAAUGUAAUCAGUGUGCAAAGACUUUCAGACAGAGGUCUAAUCUUGUUAAACAUCAGAGAAUCCACACUGGAGAGAAAUCUUAUGAAUGUAAUCAGUGUGGAAAGACUUUCACAUGCAAGUCCAAUCUUGUUAACCAUCAGAGAAUCCACACCGGAGAGAAACCUUAUGAAUGUAAUCAUUGUGGUAAGACAUUCAGAAGGAGACACAGGUUCACUGAACAUCAGAUUAUUCACACUGGGGAGAAACCUCAUGAAUGUAAUCAAUGUGGAAAGACUUUCAUAUACAAAUCCAUUCUUAUUAGACAUCAGAAAAUCCACACUGGGGAGAAGCCUCAUGAAUGUAAUCAGUGUGCAAAGACUUUUACAUUGAGGUCUGAACUUUUUAAACAUCAGAGACUCCACAAAGAGAAAUCCUUUGAAUGUAAUCAAUGUGGAAAGACUUUCAGAUGGAGGUCCCAUCUUGUUAACCAUCAGAGAAUCCACACUGGAGAGAAACCUUUUGAAUGUAAUCACUGUGGAAAGACUUUCAUAUAUAAAUCCAUUCUUAUUAGACAUCAGAGUACCCACACUGGAGAGAAACCUUUUGAAUAUAAUCAAUGUGGAAAGACUUUCCCAUACAAAUCCAUUUUUGCCAUGAGAGAAUCCACACUGGAGAGAAACCUUUUGAAUAUAAUCAAUGUGGAAAGAUACUCAGAAUCAGAUACAAUCUCAUGCUACAUCAGGGAAUCCACACUGGAGAGAAACCUUAUGAAUGUAAUCAGUGUGGAAAGACUUUCACAUUGAGGUUUGACCUUGUUAAACAUAAGAGAAUCCACACUGGAGAGAAACCUUAUGAAUGUAAUCAGUGUGGAAAGACUUUCAGACAGAGGUCUAAUCUUGUUAAGCAUCAGAGAAUCUGCAAUGGGGAGAAGCUUUAUGAAUGUAAUCAGUGUGGAAAGACAUUCAGAAUCAGACACAAUUUCACUGAACAAAAGAGAGUCCGCAAUGGGGAGAAAGCUCAUGAAUGUAAUCAAUAUGGAAAGGCUUUGACACAGAAGAACAGUCUUAAUGUACAUCAGAGAAUCCACACUAGGGAGAAACCUUAUGAAUGUGAUCACUGUGGUAAAGUCUUCCUUGUAAAGUUAGCCCUUUUUUCUCAUCAGAGAAUUCAUAGGAAAUAGGAAUCUAAAAACUGACAUGAAUGAGGAAAGGCCUUGAAAUGGAGUAAAGAGCUUCUUUCGCAGCAGAAAAUUCCCUCUGGGUCCAAGCCAGCUAUGGAUUCAGUGUGAGAAGGCCUUCAGCCAGAGAUCAUUUCUUGUCUUCUCAUCCCAGGAUUUGUACUGAAAAGAAACAUGAAUGUGCUCAUCAGAGACAUGCUUAUUUUCUGGAACAUUGAGGUUAUUGGUAAAGGUUAACUUUUUUGUCUGAUUGUAACAGAGUGGUAAAACAAAGGAAGUUCAUGCAUGGCAACCCUCCAGUUUGUAAAACAAACAAAAAAGGAGGCAUCAUCUCAUGAACUGCAGGAUUGUGUGAAAGAAGACAUCUGGAUGUUCUCAGAAAUAGAAUGUCUUCAGAAUGAGGAAAAGGAUUUGUGUCAGUAUUAUGUCAAGUGGGGAACAAUGUUUGGUGAAGGGAAGACAUCAGCAUUGCAUGACCAAGUGUAUAAAAAUUGGGGUAAUUUAGAGGAAUUUUGUAGUCUCCCACAGGCAACCUUUAUGUAUGGCCUACAUUACAUGUAUGUAUCAGCCUACAUUGAGUCUAUGUGCAUGAGACAAUCAAGAAACUUCUCAUUACCUUGAACUGGUUUCAGCCUCUUGAUUUUUGUGACUCACCAAUCAUGAUUGGUGAUGAGGAAGGGAUUCCCAUGAUGGCCUUAAGGUAGAGCAGAACCAUUGUGGGGGAAAAGCAGCCACUAGUAGGCAGGUAAGAGGCCCUGUGAUUUUUAUCCAGACAUCCUCCCUUGUUUGCUCCUGCUCCUCCAGCCUGGAAGAGGAAUCUCAAUAACUAAAUUCCACAUGACGUGCAUGUGGGCUGAUUGUCACAGGCAAAGAGAACUUCAGGGACUCCUAGAGGAGAUAACUCUGUGUCUUGGCAAAUCCAAAGGGAAAAAAGAGUACAAAGAGAAUGAAAAUUUUUCUGUGCAACUUUAAAAGCAUAGAGUCUCCCUCUGUUUUUCUAACUGGUCAAGCUGGGUAGGCAGACAAGACAUGAGAGGGGUGUAAAUCGCAUUUCCAAGUCUGCUGAAAUGGAUGGCUUCAUAUACCAAAGACUAAAUUUAUGAUGUUAGGAAGAAAGUGGGGUCAAGAUGGUAAAAUAAAGGCAGAAACUAACCUGAACUUUCUCACAUUCUCCUCCAAACAACUUGAAAUAAUUCCUCAAAUCAAAUUCUAGAGGGGUAGAACCAGCAAGUGUUGGGAUGAAAUCAUUUUUCAAUCCAAGAAAACUUAGGAGACUGGCAGGAUAGGUGGAGGUGGUUGGGCCUGGUGCACAGUGCAGUUCAGGCCUCACCACCAGGACAACAGCAGCAGCUUAGAGAGCUCUCAGCUCAGACAGUUGAGCAACUGGUCAGAAGGAGGUUACAAGGGACCCUUUGCUGGCACAGGGAGCAGGACUAUCUUUACUUGUAUAGAAACAAUUUCACAUCUCAAUCCCAGGGUGAAGGGAAGAGGG